AAGAACCAAACACAGAGGGAACUAACUAAAUAGGGGAAUCAUGUCAAGUGAACUGAUCACACAGUAUCUUUAUCCCUUUCUGAUAUCGUUCACCAUCUUCAUCUUACUCCUCUUCAAAUGGUGGCUCCCACCUUCCGCCGCCAAAAAGCACUACCGCCCACCACCUUCACCGCCGAAGCUUCCCAUCCUCGGAAACCUCCACCAACUCGGCUGGCACCCUCACUCCUCCCUUGCGAACUUGUCGCGAAAACAUGGCCCUCUCAUGGUCCUCCGCCUCGGCCGCGUCCCGGCGCUUGUCGUCUCGUCGGUGGACGCCGCCCGCGCGAUCCUGAAGACCCACGAUGUCGUCUUCUCCGACCGGCCGAAGUCCAGCAUCUUCAGAAAGCUUCUCUAUGACCAGAAGGACGUGGCGAUGGCGCCGUAUGGCGAGUACUGGAGGCAGACGAAGAGCGUGUUCGUAUUGCACCUCCUGAGCAACAAGAGGGUCCAGUCGUUUCGCACAGUCCGGGAGGAAGAGGUGGCCAACCUGAUUGGCGACAUCAAGGGCUCGCUCUCUUCCGUGUCGCCGGCUAACGUGAACUUGAGCGAGACGUUCGCGGCGCUCACCAACAAUGUGGUGUGUAGAGUGGCUUUGGGGAGGAAGUACGGUGGGAAGAGGUUCAAGGAGAUGCUGAUGGAGUUUGUGGAGUUGUUGGGGGUUUUCAACUUUGGGGAUUAUAUUCCGUGGCUUGCAUGGGUGGAUCGACUGAGUGGUUUGGACGUGAAGAUGGACAAGGUGGCUAAAGAAUUUGAUGAUUUCUUGGAUGAAGUUGUUGAAGAGCAUGUGGAGAAGAGAAAGAGAUGUGAUGGAGGAGCCGAAAUAGUAGAAGACAAAGCUGAUUUUGUGGACAUCUUGCUUUCUAUCCAAAAGGAGAGCACCAUCGGUAUUUCCAUUGAUCGAGUUUGCAUGAAGGCUCUUAUCUUGGAUGCAUUUGCAGCGGGAACAGACACUACAUACACUGUCCUGGAGUGGGGGAUGACCGAGCUUUUGAGGCAUCCGAAUGCAAUGCGACGAGCACAAGACGAACUCAGAAGGGUUGCCGGUGACAAGUCCAGCAUAACCGAGGACGACCUGGACCAGAUGUGCUACUUGAAGGCCGUGAUCAAGGAAACACUCCGACUGCAUCCUCCAAUCCCUCUACUAAUUCCCCGAGAGUCGACCCAAGACACUAAAGUGAAUGGCUAUGACGUUGCGGCAGGGACGCGAGUAAUUGUUAAUGCUUGGGCCAUCGCGAGAGACCCUUCCUUGUGGGACUCGCCGGAGGAGUUCCAUCCCAAGAGGUUCUUGAACUUGUCCAUCGAUUUCAAGGGACAUGAUUUUGAGCUCAUUCCAUUUGGAGCGGGCCGGAGGGGCUGCCCGGGAAUCGCAUUUGCCAUUGCUGUGGAUGAACUUGUUUUGGCCAAUCUCCUGCACAAGUUCGAUUGGGGAUUGCCUGAUGGUGUGGAGGAGCUGGACAUGACCGAGUCCACUGGGCUAACCAUUCACAAGAAGUUCCCUCUCAUUGCUUCUGCUGCAAUAGCCACUCCAUAAUGCUCCCGAAGGAUUUUACUUCUUGUUGCAUCUAAAUAAGGUUAUUUCCUCACAGAAACAUUCACAAUUCGCCUAGUUAGGCAAUGUUGUUAGGCAGAUCUGGCGGAUGAAGUCCCUUCUUCCCGUUUUCCAAAUAUUUCUGGCAAUGCAUAGUUAUUAUACGGUC